UUGAGGACAAUCAGAGCUGUUCAUCAAAAGAAGACAGUAAACAAUGAGAACCCGAUGUCUGUUAUUGAUGUGACAGAUGGUCAGCAAACGAGUCGAUCAAACGGCCAGAAAAAGGCGAUACGAAAGACACCCGAAGAAGACAAUGAAGACUCGGACGAGACAUAUGUCGACAAUAAGCACAAGAACUCGAUGGAGAAGAAGCCGAAGACAACGAUAGCGGCGAUGAAAAUCAAAUUUAAAGCAAACAAAACGAAAGUCGAGUCAAAAAGUCUUCAAAAGGUGAUCAAUCGGUUGACCAAAAAGGCCAACAAUAGCGGCACUGAUCGGCCGUUUCGGUGCCAAUACGAGGACUGCGAGGCGGGGUUUCGCUCCUUAUCUCAUCUCAACCGACACGUGACCAAAAUCCACGGCAAUCCGGCGGCCGAAGCCGUACGCCAACACCGGCUGCAGAAACAGCAGUGUUUCGAUGCCAUCACUCAGUCAUACGUGUGUCCGCACGCGGACUGCGGCGGCAAAUCAUACGACACUAACACUAAGUUUAGCCAUCACUUGCGUGUCGUCCACACAUCGGUGCGGUAUCCGUGCGGACACGACGGUUGCGACAAGUCGUUCAAAACGCCCAAACACUUGGACACACACCGAGCGACACACAGCCCGGACAAGUCCUACCGGUGCGAACAUCCCGGCUGUUCAUUCACGGCGUCGCUCCACAAGUAUCUCCAGCAACACUCUGUCAUUCAUUUGGCCGAUCGGCCCGUCUAUCGGUGCUUUGACACGGAAUGUGCGAAGACUUUUCGCACUCAAACCGGUCUCAAACAGCACGUGAACGCCGAGCACAGCCCCAAUCCUACGGAGCGGCUCCAGUGUCCGCACCCGGGCUGCGACCGCAGUUAUCUCCAGAACACACACCUCCGCACACAUAUGGCCACUCACUGCGAUGUGCCGACACUGCCGUGCAGUCAAUGCGCGGAACUGUUCCGCUCGGAGUGGUAUCUGAAGAAACACGUGGCGACUGUUCACCAGAAGCGGCCAUUCGUGCAGAAACCCAAACCGAUCCACGCGUGCGAAUGGCCCGGUUGUGACUAUAAGGGCACCCGAACCCAACUUAAUCAUCACAAGACUAUCCAUACGGGAGAGAAGCCGUUCGCCUGUGAUUGGCCCGAAUGCGGCAAACGGUUCCGCGUGGCGGCCAAUCUUAAAGACCACAAGAAUGUUCACUGCAAUCUGCGGCCGUACGCCUGCCAUUGGCCGGGCUGUCAGUACAGCUGCAGUAAUAGCGCCAAUUUGGCCAAACAUGUCAAGCAAAACCAUUCAACCAAUCAAAGCCAACGUUUCAUUUUUAAUCGUUCGUCACUUAUUUAA